GAACACACAACAAGACAGACAAAACACUCGAACAACAUAUUUUAAGAAAAACGGCAACAUGAUGUAAUACUUCCUCGAUAACAGAAGGCAGAAGUGAUCAAAAAGUGUUUCAUGACCUUGGGAAUGAGCUCCAAUUUAUCUAACAAUUGUGACUGGGUGUGCUGGUUCCAGUGGUGCAUGUAUGUGCCCAUUCUGGUUGCUGGUCUCCCUUUGAACCUUGCCGCUCUGUGGCAGCUCUGCUUCCGUGUUCACCGCAGGAGUGAAUCCACAGUUUACCUCACCAAUCUGAUAAUAAACGACAGCCUGCUGAUGCUCUCCCUGCCCUUUAAAAUACAUGCAUACAAAAAAAACUGGAACCUAGGCCGUACCUUCUGCUCUUUGCUGGAGAGCCUGCUCUAUGUCAACAUCUAUGGCAGUAUCAUGCUGAGUGUAUGCAUCGCCGUGGACCGCUAUGUUGGUCUCCAGUUUCCAUUCGCUGCCCGCCGUUUGCGAUCUCCUCGCAAGGCAGUGAUUGUGUGUUUGGUCAUUUGGAUGGUGGUCUUCGGAUGCAGUACUCCCAUCUACAAACUCCAUGACAACAAUGAAAUCUCCACAAACACAUCUUACUGCUUUCAACACUUCUCAAAAAGUACCUGGUCAAAAAGUGGUAUUCUGGUUGCGAUGGAGAUGGUGUUUUGCAGCAGCGCCAUGGUGAUGGUGUUUUGUUCUGUGCGCGUGGUGCAAAUCCUGCGUGAUCUGAGGGCACGCAACCCUGCCGAUGGCAAACUACUUAACAACAAGAGUGUGAAGAUCGUACUCAGCAACCUCGUGGUCUUCCUCACAUGCUUCAUUCCUUACCACAUAGCAGCACUGAUGUAUUUCUAUGCAAAGUCAAACAUUAAGAACACAGACACCAUCAAUAAGCUACGCUACUUCGUUCACAUUAGCAUUUGUAUUAGUAAUGUGAAUUGCUUGGCAGAUGGUGCAUGUUACUAUUUCAUUCUUAAAGAGAACCUGCAGUCUGUACGGCAAGAGAGAAGAAUGGCUGUACAAGGAAGAGAGUUACGGAUACGAGAAUCAAAGACUCUCAAAGAAAUGUGUAACUAUACAUUUAAUACCACAAAGAACAUGGAAAUUUGUGUGGACACUGGUUUUACAUAAAGACCUAUUCAAAAACUCAGGGAGACAAUUUUAGGGAGAUUAAUCCUAUGGAUUAGUCCUAUGGUAAUACAGCAAAGGAGGACAGUGAACUGUAAGGUACGCAGACACAUGCAGGUGGAUGGAGUGCAUACUCAGUAUGCCUAUACAUGUCACAUUUAUACAGCUCAGCUGGCUAAUUUUGGGGCUCCUGACAAAAAAUCAGAGCUAGUUCAAUGCAAUGACUGUUUGUGAAACUGAUAAUUCAGAUUUCCAAGCAAACAUUUUUGUUUCUCGUUGCAUAUGAAGUUAUGUUAAGCAGUAUUUUUGUUUUCAUCAGAAUGUGCUUGUAUGUGUAUGUUGCACUUCAAAUAGUCCAAAUACUCAUUAGUGAUAUGCAACAUUUCAAGUGGAUUUUUACAUUGUGUUUAACUAGUGGUAAGACUAACUGAUUGAGAACUCUGAUUAGUUACAUUGGCUUUGUCCUGCUCUGUAUUUUUGUUGGCUAUUCAGUCACCUGUGCUUGUCUUUGCUGUUGGUUAGAUCAUAUAGUACAAGGCUCUAAGUUUAGAAUUUGUUUAAGCUCAGCCAUUAAACAAACUCUCAUGUUCCUUAUCUCACCAGAAAAGGUCACCCUUAGGCAUUCCUUCAAAGAAAAGGCUGUUAGCCAACAAGAGGUUUAUAGGUCUGAGCACACUAAGCAGACACAAUGCUAAACUCCUACAUUUUUAUAAAAAAGUUAAGUACAAAUAGUUUAUAAGAUUAAUAUUCCCCCAUGGAAUAUCUGCUUUAAUCUUAUAAACUAUCUGUGCCUUUAAUUUUUGUAUAAAAAUGUAGGAGUAUAGCAUUAUAGCUAAACACCCCCCAAAUCAAGCCAAAUCUAUGCCACUGUGUCUGUACAUUUCAAAAACACAGACACAGCAGUUAUUCCAGGGGUAAUCAAGCGAAAUCUAUGCCGCUGUGUCUGUGUUUUUGAAAUGUAUCUAUAGAGCAUGGUGGCUAAUUCCUGAUUUAAAUGCCUGAUUUGAAGUGUGAAACUUUUUCCUGUGUUAAAAUACUUUUUCUUAUCCCAGCUAAAUAUGCAGAGACAACUGUAAGUUAGCCAUUUGUACCUUAAUUUUCUUGAAAACUGUGAACACUGUCUCUGUGGUGCUAUAAAACAUUCCUCUGUUUGUUUUGAGGGACCCAUUUAUACCAACACAGUAACUCUAAGGACUAUCUGUUCGUUUGAUCAUCAGCAGAUUCAGAAAUCUGUUUGAAAAUGUAUUUUUAUUUUUGCAAUUCCGUUCUGUGGCACUAGUGGUGCAAAAAUGGCAGACUUCAGCUUUCAUGAUGAUAUACAGAACAUUAUAUAACAAAAAAUAUACCGUAUUCAGCAUAGCACCAUUUUAAAUUUUAGACAUGUAUGAAAACAAAGCUGUGAGGUAUAGACAUUA